CGUGACACCCAACAGGAUUCCUAUUGGAUUUUAGCCAAAGAAAGCUCGGUCGCGACAUGUGCAUCUUAAUACCCCUUCUUCCCUUUUCAUCCCUUUCUUUCCUUCUCCUACUAGCGCGAUUGCUCAUCUCGGUCUCCUGCGAUACCGCUCAUCCAAGUGCUGCGAUUUCGAGACAUUAUCAUCACCCGCCGCCGCCCUGUUCGUUGAAGUAGGCAGCUUUUCAGUCAGUCACCACCCGAUUACGACAGUUCAGCUCCCCCUCCCGCGACAGCCAGGCCGCUGCACCCGCUCAAAGCCAACUGCGACGCGAGCCCUUAGCAAAAGCGACCGGACUCAUCUCAUAUCGUAUGCCGGAGCGGCUGCAUGUUACUGGAGCGCUGGAAUCUCACCUGACGGACUAGAUGACAUAGCCGCUGUUGUCGCCGUUCCCGCAGCCGCCAAUCCGCAUCUGCGAUUCGAAACGACCACAGUAGCUUCUCGCAUUGCGCAAUGACGGACAGCGGCGAUAUAUCGCCGGGCACGGCCAACGGUGUCUCUCGUGAGGCAUCGACGACACAUGCGGCCCAGCAGCCGGCGACAAAUGGCGCCCUCCCCUCUCAGGACGAGGUGCAGGCCCAGAAGAACGGUGGGGGUGGCUCCAACGGCACGAGCGCCCCCCAAACGAAACCCGAAUCUCAUGGAUCAGGCCUCAAGAAGACCGUCAAUCCCGUCAAGAAAGGCCCGCCAGGAGGCUUCGAUACGACGCCCCUCCCCGACGCGCCGGCGGGCUAUACUGUCCGGUUCUGCUUCCGCUCCGCCGCCAAUCUACCCCCCGCCGACUUCAACACAGCAUCCUCAGAUCCCUUCUUAACGGCCACGCUCAAGGCCGCGAAUCCCAAGCGCCACAAGGAAGACCCUGACCUCGUCCACCGAACGCCGACCCUGCGCCGGACGACUGAACCAGAGUGGAACGACGAGUGGAUCGUCGCCAACGUGCCGCGCACUGGCUUCACCCUCAAGUGUCGCCUAUACGACGAAGACUCACCCGAUAGCGACGACCGUCUCGGGAAUGUUACGAUACGCGUGCCCCAGGUCUUUGAACAGUGGGAGGGCAUGCCGCCGCCAGGAAAGGAAUUCGACGCCAAGAAGCGCAUGAUCAGCAAGCGGGCGUUCCUUCUCAAAGGCCUUUCCAGCAUAGUCCAUUCGGGAACACACAUAACCCCUCGGCUCACCGUCAGCAUCGAGGUCCUUGGCCGAUCGGAUCCGCCACAUGCACAAAUGUACACGCUGGGGCCUACGACCUGGAUCAAGCAUUUCAGCCCCAUGAUUGGGCGCCUGACGGGUAUCAAGGUCAAUGCCACCGAAGAGGAAGACCAGAAUGGAACGUCAAGCCAAGCCGCCUCGAGCGACGCUGACGGAAAGGGUAAGGGGAAGGGGAAGGGGAAAAGCCAGAAAUACGAUUUUCAAGCCAACGAAAUGCAGCUCCAGGGCCCAGUACCGCCGUCGCUUUACCACCGCUACGUCCAGUUUCGCCCCGUCAUUGGCGCCAUGUUUGCGUCUACGGGCCUGCGCGGCAAGAUUCUCAACGCGGCACUGCACAAGCAGCACAAUCGCAUCUACAACUUCGACCGCUCGACCGAGUACGGGACGUUUGAGCCAUGCACGGAAGAGGCGGCGCUACAGUUCCUCCGCAUGGCCCAUUUUGACGAGGGCGGCCGUGUCUUUACGUAUGUGCUGACUCUCGACGGCCUGCUGCGCUUCACCGAGACGGGUAAAGAGUUUGGCAUCGACCUGUUGAGUAAGCAUACCAUGCACUCCAACGUUGAGACGUACAUUGCCUGCUCGGGCGAGUUCUUCAUCCGCCGGCUGCAGCACGCACACACCACAGACGACCCAGAGCCGCACGAGAAGACGCACCCUACCGAAGAGAUCUCUGGCGGCCCGCCCAAGGCAGAUCCGCCACCGAACCCUUCGUACUACCAGCUCGUGAUUGACAAUGAUUCGGGCACAUAUCGCCCUGACAAGUCGAUUCUACCGGAUCUUAAGGCCUUUCUGCACAGAAAUUUUCCUGGGCUGGGUGUGGUGGCGAUGCAUUGGGAAGACGAGAAGCUGCAAAAGAUGAAGGAGGCGCAGCGCAACGUCAAGACGAAGGAGGGCCGCAUGAUCAAUGUGGUUAUGAACAGCAGCAUGAGCAGCCUCAGCUCGGUAGAGAGCGAGCUCGACGCGCGCGACUCGGGCUGGGAGCAAGGCAAGAAGAGCAAGAGGGAGGCGGCGCUGGAAGCCGUCGAGGAUCCAUCAAAGCUCAAGGAUGUGUUUGGGCAGGUCUCCCACCUCAAACACGGUGAGAGCAGCAAGGUCUAAGCCGAGGAUGUCUUCUUCCAGGGAAGGGAAUGGUUCUGAUAGUCCGAUUUUGGGAUGUUGAUGUUGUGCAAUGAUUCCCCAUGUAGUUUAUCGCUUCUAAUACCAGUCCCCGAUAUAUGUGGU